AUGGCCUCAGGGUCUCCAUCCACAGGUCUGGAAGAGGAAUUAAGCUGUCCCAUCUGCCUGGAGUGGCUCAAAGAACCGGUAACCCUGGACUGUGGCCACAAUUUCUGUCGGGGCUGCAUCACCGACUACUGUGACAAAUGGGAAGAACUGGGGGACCUGGAGUGUCCUGUCUGCAAAGCUGAGAUCCAGAAAGGGAAUUUCCGCUCAAACUGGCAGCUGGCAAACGUGGUAGAAAAAAUGAAACAAAUAAUAUUUCUGGAAACCGAAAAGAAAGGAGUUUGCCAAAAGCACCAGGAGCCGCUGAAGCUCUUCUGCAGGAACGACGAAGCCCUCAUCUGUGUGGUCUGUGACCGAUCCAAGGAGCACAGAGAUCACGAAACCCUUCCUCUUGAGGAGGCCUCCCAAGAGUACAAGGAUCAGUUCUGUAACCGCCUGGAGAUGCUGAAGAAGGAGAGAGAAAGAAUUGUGGCAUGUAAAGCAGAAGUAGUGAAGGAAAGCCAAGACCUGCUCAAGCAAAUGAUGGGAGAGAAGCAAGAGAUGGCAGCCAAGUUCAGACAAUUACACUCAUUUCUGGAGGAACAAGAGAAACGUUUGUUGGCCCAGAUGGAAGAGAUGGAGAAGGAGCUGCCAAAAAACAGGGACCAGCACCUGGCUGAGCUCUCUGAAGCACUUUCCUCUCUGGACAGCCUCAUCCGGGAGAUGGAGCAGAAGUGUCAGCAGCCGGCCAGUCAACUCCUACAGGAUGCUAGAAGCACCUUGCAGAGCUCUGGGGAACGCUGGGGCUUCCGAAGCAGUGGCGAGCUUGGGGGCGUCGGCUGGGUGGCGGUGCAGUUGAUCAAUGUGCCACCUCAAGACACGACCCUCUGGGGUGGCGACCUGAUCGGGGUGCAGCCGGUCGAGCAGGGUCUUUGGCCAGCGGCCCAUGAGGAGUUCGGUGGGGCUUCUGCCGGUCGCGGAGUUUGGUGUGACGUGCUGGGUCAGGAGGAAGUCUUCUUGGAUGCAAACGACGUCACAGACCCCGGCAAGAAGCGCUCGCUGUUCUUCAGGGUGUGGGACCUUUGGACCUUCCAGCUCGCCCAGUCCUUGCUGGCCCCCACUAAGCUGAAUGAUAUGCCAUUCACUGACAUAAUGGCUGCGCUGGGGAACCACUUUGCAACCCAGCCCACGCAGCUCGCUCGCAGCCUGGCCUUCCACCUGCGGGAUCAGGAGCCCGGCGAGUCCGUCGCCACAUACCUUGCGGCCCUCCGCCAGACUGCCCAUUUCUGCGCCUUCCUGGACCUCGAUGGCAUGCUGCGAGACCGGUUCAUCUUCGGCCUCCGGAAUGAGAAGGUGUGCCGCAGACUCGUCGCCAAGGACGUCUCCCUGACUGCGGCCAUCGAGGAAGCCACAGCAGCAGAGGCAUCGACGAGGGCUGACCACUUGGGCGACAGGAGCACUGCGCCUCCUCCGUCGGCUCCGGUUCCCAUCCAUUACGAGAGCACCAGUGAUGAGGAAGUUGAGGAUGAGGCCCACAAGAUGGCCGCCCGAGUGCCCAGCUGCGGUGAACCGCACAACCGCCGCACUUGCCAUUUCCACGACACCAAGUGCCAGGGUUGCAGCCAGGUGGGCCACAUCACCAAGGCCUGCCGCUCUGUCAAGAAGGAGCGUCUGCCCGGCCCUGGCAAGAAAGAUGGCGCCGCCCAACCUGUCCAUGAAUUGGCCAUCGGUGACCGUUCUUCACCAUGCUGCUGCCGCCACAACGUCCAGAGCAUACAGCUUCACAAGGUCCACGGCAUGGAGAAAGUCUCUGUCUCUGUCCAGAUCGAGGGCACCCCAUGCGAGGUGGAGGUCGACUCGGGCUCGGCCCUCUCCAUUAUCUCCAAGGACACCUUCCAUAACCUGGGGCGCUGCACCACCCUCCCCAAGCUGCAGUUGAUGGGAAUCAUCAUCUCCGACUACCAACGUUGGCGAGUGCCGGUCCGGGGUGUCGCUUACGCUUGGUUCCAGUACAAUGAAAAGGAGGCGUUGGAGGAUCCAUUGGCUUUUCCUCUUGUACAGAAGUGGCACAUCUGGGACUUCUCUGAUCAAAAUCUCUUUUUGGAGGGCAUCAAGAAGCCAUUUAAAGACACUCUGGAUUCUGGACUUUUCCUGCAGAAAGCAAAUGUGACUCUGGAUCCAGACACGGCCCAUCCCCAACUCCUCCUGUCUGAGGAUCGGAAAAGCGUGAGACGGGGAGAAGAAGCUCAAGCUCUGCCCAGCAAUCCUGAGAGAUUUGAUGAACACGGUGCUGUUCUGGGCCAUGAGGGAUUCACAGCAGGUCGCCAUUUCUGGGAAGUCCUUGUGGGAAGCGAGGAAGGAUGGACUGUUGGGGUGGCCAUAAAGUCUGGGAGGAGGAAGGGAGUUUUUUUCCUUAGUCCUGAGGAAGAGAUCUGGGCUGUGGGGAAGUGGAGGGGUGACUACUGGGCUGGCUUAAAAGGCCAAAUCCUUCCCCUGACCCUGACCGGGGAGCCCAAGAGGAUCCGAGUCUGCCUGAACUACGCUGGGGGCCGAGUGGCCUUUUUGGACGCUGACCGAGGAUCCCUGAUCUAUGAGUUCUCUGGAGCCCCCUUCCGUGGAGAGACCCUCCUGCCCUACUUUGAGGUGUGUUCAAAAGCCCAUCUUAAAGUCUCUCCUUAA